AAUAAAUGCUGAUAUGAAACGUGAACCGGUGUAUAUAUUAUUAAAUGAAUCAGCUGCAUUAGUCAUCGGAACUUGCAGUUCCCACCGUAAGUAUGAAGGUUCUGUUUGUGUGCAUUGGCAACACAUGUCGCUCUCCAAUGGCCGAGGCCAUCCUGAAGCAUUUGAUCCAAAAGCAGGACCUUCAGGACUGGCAUGUGGAUAGCGCUGGACUCAGGGAUUGGAAUGUGGGCGUAGAGCCUCAGGCACGUGGUCAGCAAUUGCUUAAACAGCAUGGACUUAAAACUAAACACUUGGGACGUAUGAUAACUUCACAAGACUUUUAUGACUUUGAUUACGUAUUCGCCAUGGAUGACAGCAACUUGAUGGAACUUCAGCAUAUGUCAGCUGGGCUGAGUCCCAGUCCUAACUGUAAGAUUGAACUGCUGGGUAGCUACAUUGGACGCAAGGAGGAUGAGAUGCUUCAGACUAAUCCAUGAACUUUAAUAAUAUUUGAAACUAAUAUUUAAUUUGAUAUAAUUCCAAAGCUUUUAAACUCAGUGGGUAUUACAAAAAUGAUUAAUUUAAUUGAAUUAUAAUGAUUUAAAUGUCUUAAAAUUAAUAUAAAGAUAAAAGCCUAAUCACCCAAUAAGAGCUCUCACGAAAAAAUCUUUACUUCUUUGGUAAAUAAAUUUAAUUUGAGCUUUA